GAGCGCUCAAGAUUGCGGCGCCAAGACGGGGUGGUGGCAGUAGGCAAAUGUCCAAACCGCUGCCCUCCUCGGCAUCUACUAGCAGUACUGGGACGGUCUCUCCCUCGUCCUCUUCGUCCUCUUCGUCCUCCUCGUCCUCCUCAUCCCCUACCGUGGCCUUGCCCCCAGCAGCCGACUCCCAUCCGAAACAACAACAACAACCUCCUCCUCCUCCUUAUCCACAGCAACAGCGCCAUGGCGAUCCACUUCACUCUCACUGCCAUCAGCAGCAGCAGCAGCAGCAACAACAACAACGGCAACAACAACAACUCCAGCUGCUCCAGCCCCCGCUGGGCCCCACCCCGCUGCACAUCCCCCCGGAGACCCUGGCGCCGUGCCACUUCGUCGCCAACUUCGUGCUGCUGCCCCGCCAGGACGGCACGCGCGGCUUCCUCGACUACCUGCUGCCGCUGUUGCAGCAGAGCGGCGGCGUCGGUGACGGGAACGGGGGGGACGGGGACGCGCACCUGCGGCACGCGUUCAACGCGUGCGCGCUCGCGUCGUUGGCGAAUCGGAUUUCUUCUUCUUCUUUUUCUUCUUCAUCAUCAUCAUCGGCUUCGUCUUCUUCGUUUGGUCCCUCCGGGGCUGGGUCGGCGGGUGGAUUGUCCGGUGCGGGAGGGGGAGCUGCGGCUGCUGCGGCUGCGGCUGCGGCGGCGGCGGCGGGGAGAGGAGGAGGGGCAGGGUCGACGUGCUUGGCCAAGGCGUAUGCCGAGUAUAGCAGGGCGCUGAAGGCCACGCAGGCCGCGCUGGUGGAUCCGGAGCGGUGGAGGAGCGAUGGGGUGCUGGCGGCUGUGCUGCUGUUGGGCAUGUUCGAGGUGAGCACCCCCCCUUUGGCUACGUUUCUAUUUCCGAAGGGACUGGCUGAUGCUCUGGACAGAACAUCACCGCCAAACAGAUCGGCAGUCUGGCUUGGGGGUCGCAUGUCGAGGGCGCGGUCCAGCUUGUCAAGGCCCGCGGGCGGAGCCAGUUGAAGACGAGGGUGGGGGUGAAGCUGUUCGUUGCCGUCAGGACGCAGCUCGUAAGUUGCCCGUGGGCGC